CCGUCAUCUUUACCAACCAAUAUCGUCCACUUUCUCUCAUCGGAGCAGUUGUCGGUGAAGACGCGAAGGGUACUUUCCCAGAUGAGCAAACUACAAUCUCUACCACUCUUCUCCCUUCUCAUUCUCCUCUCCUCAUCUCCCGGUUUCCUCUGCACCACUUUCACCAUCACCAACAACUGCGCUUACACAGUCUGGCCGGGCAUUCUCUCCGGCGCCGGCACGGCUCCCCUCGACACCACCGGCUUCUCACUCCGCAGCGGCGAAUCUCACCCCCUUCAAAUCCCCUCCUCCUGGUCCGGCCGCCUCUGGGCUCGCACUCACUGCUCCACCGAUCCCAUCACCGGUCUCUUCUCCUGUGCUACCGGAGACUGCGGCUCCGGCAAACCGGAAUGCUCCGGCGCCGGAGCCUCCCCUCCCGCAACCCUUGCAGAGUUCACGCUCGACGGCAGCAGCGACAUGGAUUUCUUCGAUGUCAGCCUUGUUGAUGGCUACAACCUUCCUAUGCUCGUUUCCCCCAGCGGCGGCAGUGGUGGGAACUGCACGGCUACCGGCUGCGUUGUAGACAUCAAUGAUCGCUGUCCGUCGGAUCUUCGAGUAGUCCUCUCUGAUUCCGGCGGGCAGAGGGUGGCUUGCCGAAGCGCUUGCGAGGCCUUUGAAAAGCCGGAGUUUUGUUGCAGUGGCGAGUAUGGAAAUCCUAACACUUGCAAGCCGUCAUCUUACUCACAGAUCUUUAAGAAUGCGUGCCCGCGAGCGUAUAGCUACGCUUUUGAUGAUGCCACUUCUACCUUCACUUGCAACACAGGGGUCAAUUACCUCAUUACCUUCUGCCCCAGUUCGUCUAGCCAGAAGGCACUUACAAACGACCCUCUCGCUACGGGGGUGCCGCUGAUCAACGACACGAUGGUGUUUUUGGGCGCGGUCACCAGCGGUGCGGUGCCGCCAGCAAAACCAUUUUCCGCGUUGGUAACAGUCGCCGGGCUUGCCGCGUUGUGGCCGGUGCUGCGGCAGGGCCUGCUAGUCUAAGCCAAAUAUUCAUCUACCCGUCUGUUGUGCGUUAUGAACUCACUCUCUUCCG